UAAGUGGGUACUUGUUUCCGGGAUUUAGAUUUUCCUCAAACCACUCAAAAAUGCCUCCAGAAUGUACGUUGAUGUUUCUCAGCUUUGUGCUUAUCGGUCACAAUCACAGAGCUUACUCACAAGUUGUGGACGUGAGAUUGGUGGACGGAAGUAAAUGCUCUGGAAGAGUGGAAAUCCUCCACAAUGAUAUUUGGGGAACGGUUUGUGACGAUGAUUGGGAUAUCAAAGAUGCGAAUGUCGUUUGCCGACAAGUUGGAUGCCCGUCGGCCAACGCUACACAAGAGGAUGGCAGUUUUGUGGCAGGCAGUGGGAAGAUCUGGAUGGACCAGGUUGCCUGCAAUGGUUCCGAAAUGUUCUUGUCGGCCUGUUCCUUCUCAGGAUGGGAGGAUCACGAUUGCACGCACGCCGAAGAUGUUGGCGUUACCUAUGAUGGAGGUAUGGAGCUAAUAGUCAUGGCGCCAUAGAGGCGCAUAACAAUGGAGCCAUGGAGUCAUAGUCGUAGAGUAAUUGUGCAAGAAUAGUUAGAGAGCCACAGCGCCGUAGCAACACCGUCGUAA